ACAGCCCUGGGCAAAUCACUUGACCCCUCGGAACCUCCGUUUCUCUUCAUCACAGUGAGAAUCUCGGCCUAGAAGACUUCCAGGGGGCCUUCUGAACUCUUGGAAAUUGGGCUCCUUUGAGAAGCUCGAAGCAGGAAGAGACUGGGGUAGGGAGGAAAUCGGACUUCAUCACCUCUCCAGGGAUAGGGCUGAGCCAGGUGAUAUCAUAAUGGGCAGUGCCAAUCCUAGCGAGGGGAUCAGGGUGGGGUGGGAGCAGGAAGCCUGUGAGGGAGGGAAGCUGAGAGAUCCUGCACAGGAGCGGGUCACAGCAGCUAAGGGCACCUGCCGGGCUUUCUGGGAAGGGGGGAGGGGUGGUCACUGAUGUCUUGCAGGAGCCCUUGGUAGGUAGAGCCCACCACAGCAUCCCCUAGACUCCACUAUGUUCCUCUUUUCCCGUAAGACCAAGACCCCCAUCAGCACCUACAGUGACUCCUACAGGGCUCCUACCUCCAUCAAGGAGGUCUAUAAGGACCCACCUCUGUGGGCCUGGGAAGCCAACAAGUUUGUGACCCCGGGCCUGACUCACACUGCACAGCGCCAUGUGGAUCCUGAAGCCCUGCAGAAGAUGGUCAAGUGUGCUGUGCAGGACUACAGCUAUAAGUGUUCCAUUCCAGGCCACCCCUACUUGCCUGAGAAAUACUGGCUAUGCCAAGAGGAAGCGGACAAAUGCAACCCAAACUACCUUUGUGGUAACCGGUAUAACACGUGGAGGAUGGGACCCUACAGCUGCACUGGCUGGAACAGAUGUAACGUAUACCUUCCCCAGCUGCCUAAGGAGGCCGGGAUGGAGACAGUAGUUCGAGGAAUGCCCUUGGUGUACCCUCCUAAGCCGGAGCGACUCAACGCUUACGAGCGGGAGGUAGUGGUGAACAUGCUGAACUCGCUGUCACGGAACCAGCCGCUGCCGCAGAUCACGCCCCGCUGCGGGUGCGCGGACCCCCUGCCCGGCCGUCUACCCUUCCAGGGUUAUGAAAGCGCUUGCUCGGGCCGCCACUACUGUCUACGGGGGAUGGACUACUACGUCGCGGGACCACCCUGCACUGAACGCCGGCUGCGGCCUUUGUGCGCAGAGCAGCCUACUGUAAGGAGUGUAUCGCCUUGCGAGCACCGGCCCGGAAUGCAUUGUGCUGUUUUAACUCCCCCGCAGUCAUACUACCCUUGUCCCAACCUUAGAUGGGACACAAGUCACUUCAAGAAGACUGGUGGCCCCCAGAGAAACAACUAUGUUGUCCACCCUGAGUUUGUGUCUGAGACCUAUCCUGACUACCACUGCUGGUAGACCCCAGACUGGCCGGGCUAAGGAGGCUGAGCAAUAAAUAAAUUCUUCACCC